AUGUUCAACUCUUCGAAUCCACUCGUUCACUCUCUUACUCCUCCAUUGAAACUCAGCAGCAACCUCUUCUUCAUCUCCGUCCCCAAACCUUCGAACCUCUGUACCAGAGCCCUCAAACCCGCCACCGCUAACUUCUCGCUUUCCUACUCGCUCGAGUCACCGUCCAACCAACUCAGCCUCGCCCAUUCCCUCCAGUCCGAAACCCUAGAAAUCCUAGAAUGGGCCUCGGUCUGCAAGCAGCUCUCGGCGUUGGCGUUCACCGCCAUGGGCUUCUCCGCCGCUCAGGAGGCCCACAUUCCCGUCGGCCGGUCCAAGGAGGAGAGCCAGAAGCUUCUCGAUCAGACGACCGCGGCGGUGGAUGCCAUCACGAUGGCCGGUUCUCCGCCGUCCGAUUUCUCGGCCAUCGAGAACGUCUCGGACAUCGUGAGCUCCGCGGUUUCAGGCAAAUUGCUUAGCAUCAACGAGCUCUGCGCUAUGCGUAGGACACUGAACGCCGCGAAGGGAUUGUUCGAAAAAUUGAAGGGCUUGGCUUUGAGUGCAGAUUGUACAGACAGGUACUUGCCCCUGCUUGAAAUACUUGACGACUGUGAUUUCCUAGUAGAGCUGGAGAAAACGAUAGGAUUGUGCAUAGAUUGCAAGCUUUCAAUAAUUGUUGACACAGCUAGUGAAGACCUGGAGAUCAUUAGGUCAGAAAGGAAGAGUAACAUGGAAAAUCUGGAUUCUUUGUUGAAGGAAGUGUCAACCCAGAUUUUUAAAGCUGGUGGCAUUGACAGUCCUUUGGUGACUAAGCGCAGGGCUAGGAUGUGUGUGGGUGUUAGGGCUACUCACAAACAUUUGCUUCCGGGUUGCAUAGUUUUGGAUGUUAGUAGUUCUGGCGCAACAUACUUUGUGGAACCCAAAGAGGCUGUGGAGUUGAAUAACAUGGAAGUGAGGCUUUCAAAUGCUGAGAGAGCUGAGGAAAUAGGCAUUUUGAGCUUCCUUACAUCGGAAAUUGCAAAAUCAGAAACACCGAUAAUGUAUUUGUUAGAUAAAGUUCUAGAAGUGGAUCUUGCUUUUGCUAGAGCUGCUUAUGCUCUACGGAUGAAUGGGGUAUGCCCAAUUUUUAGUUCCAAGGAUUGCCAGGACUUAGAUUCUGGUGGCGCCAGUUUAGCGACAUCUGUAGAUAUAGAAGGACUACAACAUCCAUUGCUGCUUGAGCCAUCUCUUAAAAAUUUAUCUGACGUUCUUGAAUCCAGUUCUAGAAAUCACCUUUCCUCCGAUGACGUUAAUGGUUUAAAAAUGAUUACUGGAAGUUUAUCUGGUCGUGCAUCUGAUUUUCCAGUGCCAAUAGACAUCAAAAUUGGAUGUGGAACCAGAGUGGUUGUAAUCUCAGGACCUAAUACUGGAGGAAAAACAGCUUCCAUGAAAGCUUUGGGCCUGGCAUCUCUCAUGUCGAAGGCUGGAAUGUACCUGCCUGCUAAAAACCACCCAAAGCUUCCGUGGUUUGAUCUUGUUCUAGCCGAUAUUGGAGAUCACCAGUCUCUUGAGCAAAAUCUCUCAACGUUUAGUGGGCACAUAUCGCGGAUCUGUAAUAUUUUGGAAGUGGCCUCAAAAGAAUCCCUUGUCCUCAUUGAUGAAAUUGGCAGUGGAACCGAUCCCUCAGAAGGUGUUGCUCUUUCUGCCAGCAUCUUGCUAUAUCUCAAAGGCCGUGUUAACUUAGCUGUUGUGACUACUCAUUAUGCGGAUUUAAGUCGCCUGAAAGAAAAGGAUAAUCAGUUUGAAAAUGCCGCCAUGGAAUUUUGUCUAGAAACCUUACAACCUACUUAUCGGAUCCUAUGGGGAAGUACUGGUGAUUCAAAUGCAUUGAGUAUUGCUAAAUUGAUUGGUUUUAAUCAACGCAUAAUUGAGCGUGCACAAAAAUGGAUGGAGAGGUUAAUGCCCGAAAAGCAACAGGAGCGAAAAGGUUUGCUAUAUCGGUCAUUAAUUGAGGAAAGAGGCAGACUAGAAGCUCAGGCAAAAAUGGCUGCAUCACUUCAUUCAGAUAUCAUGGAUCUUUAUCGUGAGAUCCAAGAUGAGGCAGAAGAUCUUGAUAAGCGCAAGAGUGCUCUUAUGGCAAAGGAAACCCUACAGGUUCAGAAAGAAGUGAAGACUGCAAAAUCUCAAAUGGAAUCUGUGCUGAACGAGUUUGAUAACCAACUCAAAACUGCUGGUGCUGAUCAGUUGAAUUUGCUGAUUAGGAAAUCAGAAGCUGCAAUUGCAUCUGUUAUUAAGGCUCAUUGUCCUGAUGAUGAUUUGUUGGUUAGCGAGACAUCUACCGCUUCAUACACGCCCCAACCUGGGGAGCAAGUCCAUUUGAAGAGACUGGGAGAUAAGUUAGCUACUGUUGUUGAAACACCUGGAGAUGAUGGGACAGUCCUUGUACAAUACGGUAAAAUAAAGGUUCGCUUGAAGAAGAAUGACAUCAGAGCUGUUCCUAGUAUUGAGAAGAAUCCAAUGACAAAUUCUGCCCCACGUUUGAAGCAGCAGAGGCUGAUCAUUUUGAUUGAUAUUGUAGGCUUCGCAGAGUCGUACUGGGGAAACCGAAAGCGGGGAGGUCACCUAUGGUCCAGUGAUACAAACGUCAAAGAACACCGUGGCAUGAGGGUGGAGGAAGCUUCUGACCUCCUGGACAUGGUCAUCUCUGCUAGACGAUCUCAAUCAGUUCUCUUUGUCAUACAUGGGAUGGGCACAGGGGUUGUUAAAGAGCGAGCACUUGAGAUUUUGAAAAACCAUCCACGAGUAGCCAAUCCUACAACAUGGGUAAACCAUCAUCCAGACAUAGUCACUCAUUCUUUUCGAUCUUCAUCAGACUCCACGUCUUGCCCUGAUGUAAUCCUUGGAGCUGCCACAUGCAUAGUCCCACCCAACACUCUCUUGUUUUGCUGGAAAAUGUUGGCGGUUUUUGAGAAAGCAAUUGGAAAACCACCUCAGGAGCUGAGGCUUCCUUCGAAUGUGUUGGAGAAGGCAAAGACCAGAGAGGAAAUUUUGGAGACUUUCCAAUCUUCAUGUCCUGAGAGCACGGUGUACUAUCUUUCAAAUGGGAAUUUCAUGGCCUUGUCCCAUGCCGACGAAAGUAUUCAAUCACACCCAAGGUCCAUAGUUGUCAUAGACGAUGUCUUCUGCAUUUUUAUAGGGAUUUUGGAGAACACUUGUGACCUUAGAAGGCACUACGGCCUUCCAAGACAAGCAACAGAAGCCAUGGUUGUGGUUGAAGCUUAUAAAGUUCUAAGAGAUCGAGCACCCUACCCGCCAGAUCAAGUCAUCAAAGAUCUGCAAGGAAAAUUCGCAUUUAUUCUCUUUGAUGCUAGAUUUGGUACCCUUUUUGCAGCGAGGGAUCGAGAUGGAAGUGUGGAGCUUCAGUGGGGCAUGGCAGGUGAUGGAUCCCUAGUCUACUCUCAUGAUCUCAACAUCAUCAGAGAGGCUUGUGGAAAAUCUUUUGCACCUUUUCCUGCAGGCUGCAUAUUUACAAGUGGAAGUGGGCUGACGAGCUUUGUUCAUCCCUUACACAAGGUAAGGGCAAUCACACACGAAGAUGAUGAUGGCUAUAUUUGUGGAGUUACUUUUCAGGUGGAUCUGUUCACCCGACUCCCCAGCAUCCCGCGCACCGGCAGUGCAGGAAAUUGGGCUGAUCAAGCACCUGUGGUCAAGGAAGGAGAAGGAAAUUGGUCUGAUCAAGCAACUGUGGUCAAGGAAGGAGAAUAA